CGACGCUGCAGUUUCUUUCAGUAGGGUUGGGAAUGUGAGAAUUGUGGGAGCGGCUGCUCUAGUUAGAUAUUUCUUGUCGACAAAUGAAGUGAGAAGUCGGGCCUCACCGGCCAAAGCAUGGAGUGGUGAGGAAUUCUAUUCGUCACCAGAAAAAUAUCUGUUUUACCAGGUCCACAGGAAAUUCAGAGAGAAAUGGCCAUGGGUCUCCGAUGGUAGCCUACCAUGACAGUGAUGUUUCUGACCCUUCUUUCUUCCUCUUGCCUGCUUGUCAUCUCGGUGGGUCGAGUCGGCCACCUUCCUCCUCUUCCUUCCAACCAGUCUCGACCGGCCUGCAGCAUCAAGACUUGAUUGCUGCCUGCUGAGCAAAGAAGGAAGAACUUUGAUCGACAUCAACAUCAGUCAACAUAAAACGAAGCAGGAACAAACUCGGAUUGGCCGCCCUCAGUGCAGAUUAUCAAGUCUGAAUGCCUAAUUUGUUCUUCAGCAUGCCAUUCUCGCAGAUGAUCAUCUUUGACAAGAAUUAGGACCCUACCGUCUUCACGCGCAACUCCCCUCCCAAAAAACACGUCGUCUGCCGCCUUUCUAUACGACUCGGAAUCGGAUCAGAAACGUACCAAUCCUGCUCACUCCGACUGAUUCUAAUCUAGCCUCAGCUCUCUGCUCGGAUUAGGAUUAGGAGUUGAGCUGCACGCUGGCCGUUGAGCGACCAAUCGACCAGCGGCCGCGCGCAUAUAUUCACCGCUCCGUCGUCCCCAAGCCUCCAUCUUUUCAUUCUUCCUCGCCGCCAGCCGCAGACAACAAGAGCGAUGGCCGCGGCGCGGGGGUGCGCCAGGUUCCCUCCUGUGUCCGACUACGACGCGCCGGCGCGGGCCCGGCGCACCGUUGCGGCGGACCUGGACGGCACGCUGCUGGCGUCGUCGUCGGCGUUCCCCUACUACUUCCUCGUGGCGCUCGAGGCGGGCUCCUACCUCCGCGCGCUGGCGCUCCUGCUCACGGCGCCUCUCCUGCUGCUGCUCUACACGGCCGUCUCCGAGGCCGCCGCCAUCGCUCUCCUCGUCUUCAUCACCUUCGCGGGGCUCCCGGUGCGCGACGUCGAGGCCGUCGCGCGGGGCGUGCUCCCCAGGCACUACGCCGCGGGCGUGCGCGCCGACACGUGGGCCGUCUUCCGCGGGUGCGCCGACCGGAGGGUCGUGAUCACCGCGUCCCCGGCGACCAUGGUCAGGGAGUUCGUCAGGGAGUUCCUCGGCGCCGAGGUGGCCGGGACCGAGCUCGAGACCUGCGCCGGGGGCAAGCGCUUCACGGGCCGCAUCAAGGCCGUGCUCGUCGGGGCGAAAAAGAAAGAGGUGGUCGAGAGGCUCUUCACCGGCGGGGACAUGCCCGACGUCGGGCUCGGUGACCGCGACAGCGACCACGACUUCAUGGCCAUCUGCAAGGAAGCUUACAUGGUACCUCCAGACCGGCGUGCGCCGCGGGCCGCCGCUGACGCGCUCUUGUCCCGCGCCGUCUUCCACGACGGCCGCCUCGUCCGCCGCCCGGACCCGGCGCACGCGCUCUUCGCGCUCGUUUACCUCCCCGCCGGCUUCCUCCUCGCCCUCUUCCGCGUCUUCUUCAAUCUGCUCAUCCCGGUGCACCUCGUCCGCCACACCUACCGCCUCACCGGCAUCCACCUCGCCGUCCGCGGGACGCCUCCACCGGCGCCGCGCCCGGGCACCCCGGGCUCGCUCUUCGUCUGCAACCACCGCACCGCGCUGGACCCGAUCAUCAUCUCCAUCGCGCUGGGCCGCCCGGUCACCUGCGUCACCUACAGCGUGAGCCGUCUGUCCACGGCGAUCUCACCCAUCCGCGCGGCGGCGCUCACGCGGGACAGGAAGGCCGACGCGGCACGCAUGGCGGCGCUGCUGGAGGAGGGCGACGUGGUGGUGUGUCCGGAGGGGACGACGUGCCGGGAGCAGUUCCUGCUGCGGUUCUCAGCGCUGUUCGCGGAGCUGACGGACCGGAUCGUACCGGUGGCGCUGGAGGCGCGGCAGGGGACGUACUACGGGUCGACGGCGAGGGGGUGGAAGUGGCUGGACCCCUACUUCUUCUACAUGAACCCGCGGCCAGGGUACGAGGUGACGUUCCUGCCGGUGCUUCGGCCGGAGGAGACGUGCUUGGCCGGCGGGAGGAGCGCCGUGGACGUGGCCAACCACGUGCAGAGGGUGAUCGCCAAGGAGCUCGGCUUCCAGUGCACCGCGCUCACCAGGAAGGACAAGUAUAUGAAGCUCGCCGGCAACGACGGCACGGUUGCCGCCGCAGAGGCGAAGGGCAGUGGCAAAAAGUUUGUAUGACUCAGCAAACCUUUUCUUCUUCUUCUCUCUCUGAACCCAUGAGCAAAAUUGGAAGGGUAUGAAUCCGGCCGCAGCCUGUAUCAACUUUGUUAGAGUUUUAACGCAAGCAUUAUCAUAAUCUAUUUUGUACAUAUAUCCCAACAAACUUUGUUGUGCACUUAUUUUGAAACGGCCCAACCCGUUCAUGGCCCCUCCGGCUUUGAUUGUUUGGUUCUA